AUGUGCUUCGAAAUAAACGUUUUCGCGAUCGUCCUUUUGAUUGUUUCCUUCGUCGGUAGAGUAAGGAACGGGGGACUGGAGCACACCACACAGAAGGAGACGCGACCCGAAUACAUACAUCCAGACGGCCUUCUAAAUUUCGAUCCCUACCUCUCGGAUUUCAAACCGGAAGUGGAAGAGGACGACUACAUACCACUACCCGAAAACGACGAGACGAUAGACGGUCUGCCGAUCUUCUUGCUAGAGCCGAAGAACUCCUACGUGCUACGAAGUAAGCCGGCGACUCUACUGUGUAGAGCGGCGAACGCUCUACAGGUUUUCUUCAAAUGUAACGACGUCAGAGUGGAUAAGACUGUGCAGUUGGAACACGUGGAUCCGCAGAACGGGGUCAGGGUGGUUGAAGCCGAGCUGAACGUGACAAGGAACGAGUUGGACGAAUAUUUCGGAGGCCGCUACAGCUGCGAAUGCUACGCGUGGAAUAGCAGGGGACGAAUAAGGAGUCAAGCGAAUUACAUAGAGUUUGCCUACAUAAAGAAGCAAUUCGCUCAGCACCCGCAGUCAGCUACAGUGGAGGCGGGGAGACAGGUCAUCUUCAGGUGCGGACCACCACCAGCCGCUCCACCUGCAACGAUCAAAUGGACGAGGAACGGAGUGACCAUAGAGGCCACAGACGAAUCUUUAGUACUACCCAAAGUGGGCUUGCAGGACAUGGCUAACUACAGCUGCAUAGCUGAGAAUAUCGCAGGUCGGCGCGAGUCGGACAUAGCUGUUCUAUCAGUGUAUGUCAACGGCGGCUGGUCGGAGUGGUCGGCGUGGCUGCCGUGCCGGUGCGGCUCGCAGACGGUCGGCAAGCGCAGGACUCGAAGCUGCACCGAGCCUGCGCCGGCGAACGGCGGUGCGCAGUGCAGGGGCCAGACGAUGCAGGGCGAUGAUGAGUGCUCCAGAUGUCAGACGGGCAGUUGGUCAGCGUGGGGUUCGUGGUCAUCCUGCAGUGCUGAAUGCGCACGCAGCAGGCGGCGCCAGUGCACCGGCACUUGUUCAGGAUCAGCCCUGCAGCAUGCUGCCUGCCGCGACGGGCUGUGUGCUGCUGCAUUGCGCAUAUACAAAAACAACGUGACAAUGUACGUAGGCAUAGGGAUCACGAUAGCCAUGCUGGCUGCUGGAGCGGCUGUGUUGUACGUCUGGUGUAAAUACAGAAGCACUAGACCUGGAUACAUAGCCGCAAGGACAGUUCAUCCAGGUGCGCCCAAGACGUAUUCUGGACGGGACAAGAGCAACGCGGGACCUGACUUGACCAGAACCUGCAACGAGUACUGGAUGCACAGGCCCGAUAACCACUACGAUAUGCCCCAACUUAGGGACAGUUACUCCUCACCUUUCGGUAACCGAAGCCGUCAGCAGUCGUCAGUAGGAAGCAACCACUACGAGAUGAAACCAUACAGCCCGUCAGGAGACUCCGCUUCAAGCUGUUACACUAACUCCAGGACAAUGACGUCACGGUCUAGCGAGUGUUCCUCAUCGCAGUUGGCGGAACUAGUGACGUCAUCACCCACCUCCCACUCCAAAGUGGACGUUGCAGUCACCCUACCCACGACCUCCUUAGAGACUAGCUAUCGAGAUAAGAUCUGUCUGACCAUUGUUAAA